GGAAGAAAUGAAUAAGAUGACGGAUGUAUUAUUUAAUACGUAACUUCCUCUGCGUUUUGGUAGCUAGAAUUCGAAGCGAUCUUAUUAAAGUGUUCAUCGAGAGGAUCUGUGGAUUAGCGAUGGAAUCUCCAUUACUGCGCCGCCGUGAAUUGGUGAACAAGAGGCGUUGCAGAGGAGUGAUUUUAGUUCCGCUUGGAUUACUUGCCAUCGCAGUUGUUGGCUAUAUCCUUGGGGGUUCCAUUAAUGGUUUAGUAUUUAAUGAGGAAAGCAAGCACUCUGGUGGAAUAGAUAUCAGUAAUCCCGAAAUUGUUGAGUCAGAGAAGGGAGUUGUUGCUGCUGAUGACGGCCGCUGCUCCGAAAUUGGAGCGUCGAUGCUUAGGCAGGGAGGGCAUGCCGUUGAUGCUGCAGUCGCGACUGCAUUGUGCCUUGGUGUGGUGGGUUCGAUGUGGAGCGGGAUAGGCGGUGGAGGUUUUAUGCUUGUCCGAUCCGCAUCGACUUUGCAAACCACAGCUAUUGAUUUCCGGGAGACUGCACCCUUGGCUGCAUCUCAGGAAAUGUAUGAAACCAAUGUGACUGCCAAAAGUUUAGGGCCACUAUCAAUUGCAGUUCCUGGAGAGAUAGCUGGCCUUCAUGAAGCUUGGUUGAGAUAUGGCCGUUUGGCGUGGCGGUCCUUAUUUGAGCCUGCUAUAAAGCUUGCCAAGGAUGGGUUUGUGAUAUCUCCUUAUGUUGGACAGUCCUUAGUUUCCUCUACCGACAUGAUCCUAAACGAUCCUGGGUUGAGACGAGUUUACGCACCAAAUGGUAAAAUAGUACAAGCAGGCGACACUUGCUACAACGUUGAGCUAGGCAAGAGUUUAGAGGCUGUGGCAGAUCAAGGGCCGCAAGCCUUCUAUAACGGUGCUGUCGGAGAGAAGUUGGUGAAGGAUGUGAGGGAAGCUGGUGGGAUUUUAUCCAUGGAGGAUUUGAGGAACUACACAGUUGAAGUAACAGAGGCAAUGACUACCGAGGCAAUGGGCUACACAGUGCAUGGCAUGCCACCUCCUUCAAGUGGAACACUUGGCUUUGCUAUGGUAAUGAACAUCUUUAAAAGCUACAAUGAUCCUGAUGCCACCAAGGGAAAUCUUGGCCUACAUCGCCUAAUCGAAGCAUUGAAGCACAUGUAUGCCGAACGAAUGAACUUGGGCGAUCCUCGGUUUUCGAACAUUAGCAACUCUGUCUCCAACAUGCUCAGUCCAUCAUUUGCUAAGAAAAUUCAGGAAAAGAUAAUCGACAACGCUACUUUUCCUCCGGAUUACUAUCAAUACAGGUGGAGUCAGCUAAGAGAUAGUGGAACCAGUCACUUUUGCAUUGUGGAUGCAGAGAGAAACGCUGUUUCAUUGACAACAACCGUAAAUGCGCACUUUGGGGCUGGCCUUCUCUCACCUUCUACUGGUAUUGUUCUUAAUAAUGAAAUGGGAGACUUUUCUGUACCCACAGAUAUCUCUCCAGAUAAACUCCCCCCAGCGCCUGCAAAUUUCAUCCAGCCAAACAAGAGGCCCCUCUCUUCCAUGAUACCUCUUAUUGUCACAAAGGAUGAUCGGUUGAUUGCGGUACUCGGCGGUAGCGGAGGAAUGAAGAUAAUUCCGGCAGUAAUUCAGGUUUUCCUCAACUAUUUCUCCCUGGGAUUCCAACCUUUCCCAGCUGUUGAAAGGUCAAGGGUGUAUCAUCAGCUAAUUCCAAAUAUAGUAAAAUACGAAAACUUGACGUUCAUCGAUGGCGAUCACGUCGAACUUUCAGACGAAAAGACAGCAUUCUUGGAAGAGAGGGGUCAUAAAGUGGUAGCUAUUGAUGCACCAGGAGCCAUUGUUCAGUUCAUAGUUCAAAACUUUGAAGACGCCAUUGACAAAGGUCGAAAGGGCAGAAAGAUAUCCAAUGAUCAAACACAUUUUGGUGUUCUUACGGCUGUGUGCGACCCCAGAAAAAACGGGAACCCCGCAAUCGCCUAGGAAAUGUUGCCCCCUCCCCCCUCACCCCUCCUUUUGUACAUUGUUCUUAGAUUGGACAUGGCUCUCUCUCGUUGGCUGAAUGAUCAGUUUCCUUGUGUUUCAAGAGGGCCAUCCAUAGGCCAUUGGGACUCAAAAGACAGUUUAAAUAUUUUCUACACGAAAUGUAAGCUAAUAUGCCAAUUACACAAAA